AUGCCCAAAGACAACAACUUUAAUCUUUUCUAUGAUCUCUCAAGCUCUUCUCUCAUGGAAGUAAUCAAAGAAGAGAUAUCCGAAGAAGAUGAAGCAACUUCUUUAGGAAAGAGAAAGAUUAAUUCGACUGUGGAGACAGAAGAUGAAAGGAAAGUGAAGAGAUUAGCCUUCUUCUUUCAAGAACCUCUAGAAGAAGAAGACGUAGAUAUGAUCGAGAAAGAUGCAGAAAGAGAAGAUCAUAGAGAUAACGAGACGAUCAUGGAAGAUUAUGCUUCUGAAAAAGAAUAUGUCGUUGACUUUGACGGAUUCUUUUGA